AUGAAGUUCUUAUCAGUCGCCACCCUGCUUCUUGCUUCUCCGCUCGUCUCAGCGGCUUCCCUCCCGUCACUCUUCGACCCCACACAGGCCACCCUCAAGGUCGAUACCACUCAGGAUUUCCCUGUCAAGGGGGACAACCCCCUGAAAUACUGCGAGAACCCGGCUGGUAAUAUUCUGGAAAUCAAAUCAGUUGAUUUGGACCCCAACCCUCCUAAGCCGGGUGCAACUCUUACCAUCACCGCCAGUGGUGUACUGUCCGAAACUAUCGAGGAGGGUGCCACGGUGAACCUAGUCGUUAAAUGGGGUCUCAUCACACUUAUCCAGCAGACUGUUGACCUCUGUGAACAAAUUAAAGAAGUCGAUCUGACAUGUCCUCUGGAGAAGGGUCCCAUGACCCUGACCAAGGAGGUGAAGCUGCCGAGCGCGAUUCCUCCUGGAUACUACUCGGUCUUGGCCGAUGUCUACACCAAGGACCAGAAGAAGGUUACCUGCUUGAAGGCUGAUGACAUCCAGUUCCAUUUUUGA